AUUGCUGUGUUGUUGCUCUCGAAGAUGGAGAUACGGAAUGAAGUGAAACAAUCGGACAAGGAGUUUGAAAAGAAGAAAUUUGUGGUGCGAAAUGCGGCCGACGUGCAGCGGGCCAAGCUGGAGAAGCUGAUGAAGAAUCCGGAUAAACCCGUCAUGAUACCGACAUCGGCGAAAGAUCGUGACUUUGGUAACGCCAUACCCUCGUUCGUCCGCAACGUAAUGGGCUCCAGUGCCGGUGCCGGUUCCGGUGAGUUUCACGUGUAUCGGCACCUGCGUCGCAAGGAGUACGCCCGCCAAAAGCACAUCCAGGAAAAGUCGCGCACCGAGCAGAUGGACGACGAUUUCCAGGCUAAGUUGGAACAGAACCGACAGACGGCCGAGGACCGGACGGCGAAGAAGCGCGCGAAGCGGCAGAAGAGGAAAGCCAAACAGAAAGCGAACCACGGCAAAAAACCAAAGCGCGUGGAACAGGACGAGGAAUCUUGUUCCUCCGGCGGCAGCGAUACCGAAGAGAACGAACCUUCGGAGGCACCACAAUCCGAUGAUAAGGCGAGCGAGAAGGAAAAGGAACCAGUGGCAGCCGAAGCCGUGGAUACCGACGAACCAUGCCAAGCUGCGGAAGAAACGGGAGAUAAAAAUAGUGAACCCAAAGACUCCACCGAAUAGCUGGAGACACAACGUAGCAGAGCCCAUCAUUAUUUGUCACAACAGACACUCGUCCUCUUUCGAAGCAAAACGAUAUGAACACGAACAGAAAUGUUUACUAUUGUAUCUGUGUAUUUCAAAUUCCACUAGCUCUGGCCUCACUCCGUGCCUCCGCGGAGGCCGAUAAUAUUGUAAAAAAGAGAGAGAAAAUAAAACUUUAAAUAUAUUUGCA